UUCAUCUUUAUCUUGUAUAAAGAUGAACCUUUUUUCACUUGCCUUGAUACGAAAUAUACUGUUGCCAAAAAGCAAAACUGAUCCAUGAUGUUUAUAAAUCCUCAAGGUAAAGAUAAAUGAUACCGUGAGGUAAAGAGUGGGAUGAAUGGAGUCAAACAAGAAAAGCUUCGGGCAAUGGAUCCUUUUGAUAUUAAACUGUGCGGCUUUGUGCAUUGGCGGAAUCGCAGGUUCCUUGUUAAUCCGCUUCUAUUUCUUGCAUGGUGGCAAUCGCAAAUGGCUUAUUGCAUGGCUACAGACUGCAGGGUGUCCUCUUCUUAUUCUGCCCAUUUGGAUUUCUUCCCGCAGAAAACAGCCAUCUGAAAGCACCCAUGUAACUCCCAAGCUUUGUCUUGCAUCCGUUGUGAUCGGCAUCCUCACUGGCUUCGAUAAUUUCUUGUACUCUUGGGGGAUCGCCUACCUGCCUCUCUCCACCGCCUCUCUCCUCGUUGCCCCUCAGCUUGGCUUCAAUGCACUAUUUGCCUUCAUGUUAGUAAAGCAGAAGUUCAGCUCAUAUUCAAUCAAUGCCCUAAUUUUGGUCACCAUGGGAGGAGUUCUAUUGGCCUUGCACGCCAGAGGUGACAGGCCCAAGGGAGUAACAUCUGGACAAUAUUGGAUUGGGUUUUUCGCUACAGGAGCUGCAGCUGCCCUGUAUGGAUUAAUUCUUCCUUUGGUUGAGCUUGUAUAUAAGAAAACCACACGCCGAAUAACAUACACUCUUGUUAUGGAGAUGCAGUUUAUUAUGUCCUCUUCGGCAACCGUUGUGUGUACAAUAGGCAUGGUUGUGAACAAGGAUUUCCAGGCUGUUGGUAGGGAGGCAAGGUCUUUCGAUGUUGGGGAGUUCAAUUACUACAUGUCUCUGGUGUGGAACGCAAUUUGCUGGCAGCUCUUCUUAAUCGGGGUGUAUGGUGUCAUCUUUUUGACUUCUUCUCUCCUGAGUGCCAUAUUCAUGGCUUCUUUAACUCCUGUGACGGAGAUGCUAGCAGUUGUCAUAUUCCAUGAGAAAUUCACUGGGGAGAAAGGAAUGGCUCUCGCUAUGGCUCUGUGGGGGUUUACAUCAUAUUUGUAUGGGGAAUACCUGAACUCCAUAUUACAGAGAAGCAAUGUGCUAGAGGAGAACCGACAAAGCCGUGAGUCUGCCACACUUAAACAAGAAGAGUCGAGUUUGGAGCUGGUUGUUGAGAAACUCAAGCUUAACAAAACCCCGUAAUCCGCUAUUUCGAAAUUCCUUAUGCCUUUAAACGUAUAAUUACUGUGUACUAUUUUGUUUACAGAUCCUCACCAUAUUGUUGUGCACAAUAUGCUUAGCAGUGUCUGUCCGUAUUUGGCGAAAACCCAAGAUAGGCGUCACCAUAUAAUGGUUUUUUUCGAAACUUUCAAGCAGCCCGGCCUGUCUUCCUGCGUUCCCAGCAGAACGCGUAAGAUAUGUGCUGGAAGCUCUGCCGAUUGAAUUUUCUAUAAAAUGUGUGUUUUUAAAGAUCAAAUAAAAAGCAUGAAAGACAAGAAAUUGUGUUGUUUAUGCAG